GGGGGCGGGCGGCGUGGAGGAGGCGGCGGUGGCCAUGGCCGAGGCGUCACCGCAGCCCGGACGGUACUUCUGCCACUGCUGCUCAGUCGAGAUCGUGCCGCGCCUGCCGGAUUACAUCUGCCCAAGAUGCGAGUCUGGGUUUAUCGAGGAGCUUCCAGAAGAGACCAGGAGUGCAGAGAACGGCUCAGCCCCCUCCACAGCCUCCGCGGACCAGAGCCGGCAGCAACCGUUCGAGAAUGUGGACCAGCCCCUGUUCACGCUGCCGCAGGGCUACGGGCACUUUGCUUUCGGCAUCUUUGACGACAGCUUCGAGAUCCCCACGUUUCCCCCUGGGGCGCAGGCUGAUGACAGCAGGGACCCCGAGAGCCGGCGGGAGCGAGAGCAGCACUCCCGGCACCGGAUCAUCCAGCAGCUGGUCAACGGCAUCAUCACCCCGGCCACCAUCCCCAACCUGGGCCUGGGCCCCUGGGGCGUCCUGCAUUCAAACCCGAUGGACUACGCCUGGGGGGCCAACGGCCUGGACGCCAUCAUCACGCAGCUCCUCAAUCAGUUUGAAAACACGGGUCCCCCACCCGCAGACAAAGAGAAAAUCCAGGCCCUCCCCACCGUGCCCGUGACCGAGGAGCACGUUGGCUCGGGGCUGGAGUGUCCCGUGUGCAAGGAUGACUAUGGGCUGGGUGAGCGUGUGCGGCAGCUGCCCUGCAACCACCUCUUCCACGAUGGCUGCAUCGUGCCCUGGCUGGAGCAGCACGACAGCUGCCCUGUCUGCCGAAAAAGCCUCACAGGACAGAACACGGCCACCGACCCCCCGGGCCUGGCUGGGGUGAGCUUCUCCUCCUCCUCGUCAUCCUCCUCCAGCUCACCCGGGAAUGAGAACCCGGCCAGCAGCUCCUGAGCACACCGGCCGGCCAGCCCCCAGGGCAACAGCAGACACCCCACGCGCCCACGGACUGCAGCGCCACCGGGCCCGCCGCGGAGGAGGCUCGGAGGACCCACCCCUCCAGGCUGCGGAGGGAGCUCGGCCUCCCCAGGGACAACCCGGCUGGGCCGGGCGCCCGCGCACACUGCCCGGGCGUCCCACCUUCCCCCCCUUUGUCUCUGACCUCACCCUCUACAUGUUCAACGGCGGAAAGGUUUUUAUAAUUUUAAAUUAUUACUGCUUUGAAAUAAAUGGACGUUUGAGCUCACUCGCGGCCCUGCAUGAUCUGUGGAGAGACGGGGUGGAGCCACUUGGCUGGGGUCCUGGCUGCGUGGACAGGCCCUGCUCCCCACCCUGAGCACUGGGGCCUGGGAUACCAGGAUAACCAGCGAAACAAGGACAAGACUGCUCUGACAGACGUUUUUUAAAGGAGAAAAUAUGUGUAUCUUGAAAGCUAUUUAAAAAUACACCUACUUAGAAAGAA